UGCGCCGGUGUUUCCUCGUGCGGCGUGAACCUGAGGACAUCAUGUUAUGAAGAAAUGGGGGGUUUGGUGAUUCGCGGGAUCAGAAAUUUCAACGUAGAAAACAGAGCGGAGCGGGAAAUCAGCAAGAUGAAGCCCUGUCCCGCUCCCAGGCACCCUUCUACCAAUAGCCUCCUGCAAACGCAGAUGGGUGUCAAUCCAGAAAUUAAGGGAGAGAUUGGUCGUAAAGAUGACAAACUACUGUCGUUUCUAAAAGAUGUGUAUGUUGAUUCCAAAGAUCCUGUGUCUUCCGUGCAGGUAAAAGCUGCUGAAACACAUCAAGAGCCAGAGGAAUUCAGAUUGCCAAAAGGCCGAGACUUUGAUAUAAUAAAUAUUAAGAGCAUUCCCAAAGGCAAAAUUUCUAUUGUGGAAGCAUUGACACUUCUCAAUAAUCAUAAACGUUAUCCAGAAACAUGGACUGCUGAGAAAAUAGCACAAGAGUACCUUUUAGAACAGAAAGAUGUGAAUUCUCUUCUUAAAUAUUUUGUUACUUUUGAAGUCAAAGUCUUCUCUCCUGAAGACAAGAAAGCGAUAGAACCAAAAUGAAGAAAAUCACAAAAAUUUGCUAUGUGUACUCCUCAUCUUUCAUCCUGUAUAUUUUCUCAUUUUUUGCAUAUUAUGUUAAUUACCAAGUGUUUCAUGCUUUUAUUGUGAGAACAUACUCUUAAUGUUUAUUGAGCUCCCUGACUUUUCAAGAUUGCCAUAGCAUGUAUUUUGUUUUCUUUUAAUUUUGUUUAGGAAUAUUUCAUGUGUACAUGUCAGCAUGACUAUCGGCACAUCUGUACCUUUAUUAUAAGUAAAAGAAUUAAUGUGUUGUUUUAGGUACAUCAUGCCAACUUUUAAAUUGGUCAUACGACCCCUUGGGAAAUGUCCUGAAUCCCUCAUUUAAGUUUUACUUUCCAUGUUAAGUGUUUAGUUCAUUCUUCAUAUGUGAUAGUGAAAAUAAAAGCUUUCCUGACUCUUAAACUGUUAUUUUUUUUGUCAGGGAAAGACUCGAUAGCAAGGUACACUAACAGUAUUUCCCAAAUAAAGGCACACAGGAGAAAAGAACGAAUCAAUAGAAUCUAAUUAAAAUUACUACUCCAGGGAGUAAGAAGUACUGAGGAUUUAUUUUAUUUUGAUUUGGUUUUAAGUAUGGAAUAAUUGUCUUUAAAGUUAUAAAAAUUAAUUUGUGGUGUUUACAAAAUGUUGGGAAUUUCUCCUUUGACAAAGAGGUUAGUCCCAUGGCCUUCAGAGAGGCAGACAGCAGUAGAAACUUUUGAAAAAACAUUUCUCUGGAUUUAACAUGGAAAUAGAAAAAUUAAAAAAAAAAAACUUAAAAACCAUGAAAAUGAAAUUUGGUGAUUAUAUAUGGUUUCAAAUGUUGACCCUAGUGGAGAGAAGAGAGAAAAAAAUAGCAAGUAGAAGCAGAGAACAGGAUCAUUGGAAGGGACCCGAGAAAUUGCUGCUUCAUCCAUUUUAGCAAACUUGUUAGCGCAGCACGUAGGAUCUUGAGUGUGUAUGAGUUUAGCUCUGCCUAAAAUAUUGCUACUUGUGGGAUCUUUUGGGGACUAUAUCCUCUUUGAGAUUGAAUUUCUUCUAUAAAAUUAGCCUAAUGCUAUCUUACUUAAAUUUAAGGGUUAUCUGAAGAUAAAUGAAAUAGUAAAGGACUACUAAGGACCAAGCAAAUAUGAAUUCUCUUGCUGUGGAGAAACAAGCACGUGGGGAGAAUAUAUGACCUAAGUUGUCUGUAGUUUAUUACCUGACCAGGCCGGGGAUUUAGUUUUUCAAAUUCUAGUAGUGUGUUUUUUCUGUUGAGCCAAAAAGCAGCACACCUCAGAGAAGAGAAAAGGUGUGAAUUGUGAGUAUAUUGGGGUUAUCAGUGUGCUUCUGAGGGAAGAUAGGCAUCUAUUCCCAGAGAUGCCCCUGGAAAUGAUACAGAAUAUGCUGAAGAAUUCAACAUGAUGAUUGAAUGAGGCAUUUGUAGUAAUGCUGAAAACAGAAAAAUAGACUAAGUGGAAAAUUUGUAGGCAUGUCUUUGUAGAUUUGUUAUGGGAACAAACUACCUAGUUUAUUUUUAGUUCAAUACAAUAUUAAAAACAUGAAAUAAUGACU